AUGUCAUCUAAUUGUAUUUGUUACUUUGCUUACGGUAGCAAUUUACUGGCCAAGAGAAUGCAUCUACUAAACCCAAAUGCUGUUAGAUAUGGUAAAGCAAUACUAAAGGAUUAUAGUCUGACAUUUGGUGGGUACGCAUCUUUUUGGGGAGGCAGUCCUGCAGAUAUUAAGCACAAAGUUGGUCAUAAUGUUUGGGGAGCAUUAUGGGAGAUAAAACUGGACGAUUUGUCCAAUUUGGAUGAACAAGAAGGCGUUCAUGAAAAUUUUUACUAUCCUCUUUCUGUGGAAAUUGAAACAUCUAAUGGAACAAAACUGAAAUGCAGAACGUACCAACAAGUACAAAGAUUCGAAUAUAUCAAUUUAACCAAAUUACCUGAUGUACGAAAACCUUCAAAAUCAUAUUUAAACACUAUUAUAAAAGGAGCAGAGGAAACUGGGCUGCCGACUGAUUACCUACAUUUUUUAAAAGCUAUUCCUACAAAUGAUUCAGAAAUAAUUCCCGAAUUUUUAAAAUGUUAG